AACAACUGUAGAUAUCUAUAUAUAUUGAGAUGCAUUUAACGAGUGCCGAGUAUCUGUUUAAUGAAACCAUCAGCUGAGCUCGAUAUAUUUACCAAAUGAAGUUCGUGAUCACUCUAAUGCCAUUGGUUGCAAUGGUGCAUUGCUUGACUUUCACCUUGGACGAUCGGGACACGGCCCUAUCAGUGGUCAGUGAGAAAUUUCUCAGUGUUGCUCUGGACUGUAGUAGCAUUGAAAGCAGAUAUGCCAGUUUCAAUUUAAGUGACCCCUACCUAACCAGGCUGGUAGCUCAUCUUGCGCCCAUGUAUUUUCGGAUUGGAGGCACAUAUGCAGACAGAAUCGUCUUUGCUCGAGAAGAUCAAACGGAGCGACUUCAAGCUGCGGAUAUAACGUUUCUAUCAUCCGACUACCUGCGACUGUACCAGUUUACCCAGAAUGCUGGCGUGAGCUUAAUUUUCGAUCUGAACUCUUUGCUAAGAAACGAUGACGGAAGUUGGAACUCUGAGAAUGCUCGAGAGAUGAUAGCAUUUUCCAGCGAACACCAAAUGCAACUUGAUUGGGAAUUGGGCAAUGAACCCGAUCUGUAUCAAUAUAUCUACGAAACUAACGUAGCCGCUUCGCAAUUGGCUGCAGACUAUCAAACAUUGCGGGAUAUUUUGGACGAAUUUGAGAUUUACAAGUCUGCAAACUUGGUGGGAAAUGACAUGUUUGAUGUGGGUGGUAGUGAAAGCAAUCAAGAAUAUUUAAGCACGUUCCUAAAGGCGGCGGCUCAUCUUGUACAUGCUGUUACGUGGCACCAGUAUUACUUUGCUGGCAGAGAUGCAACUGAAGAACUAUUCCUAAGCCCGAGUACUUUCAACUAUUUGGAGCAGAGGAUUAAUGUAGUGAAGAAGGUCGUGAGCAGUUCAGGAUCCGGCAACAAAGUUUGGUUGGGUGAAACUUCGUCGGCAUAUAACGGAGGAGCUGCAAACAUGUCCAACAGGUUCCUAGGAACCUUCCUCUGGCUAGAUAAGCUCGGUUUAGGAGCAAAACUGGGACUGGAUGUUAUUAUUAGACAGACAAUAUAUGUGGACAAUUAUGCGUUGCUCGACCCCGACUACGUGCCCAACCCUGACUGGUGGCUGAGUGUUAUUUAUAAAAAACUUGUUGGCACCAAUGUUUUAUCACUGUCCAAUGAUGGAAGCUCUGAUAACACAGUCAGACUCUAUGCGCAUUGUGCUAAAGAUGCUGAAUCUUCAGUAGUUGUGUUCGGGUUCAACGUUAAUGGUGAAAAGGCCACAAUCAGCAUUGAAGGAUUUGAGGCUGAUGAAGAUGUAUUGGUCUACCAGCUGAACUAUGAUGAAAAUAUAUACUCGCAGACAAUCAAACUGAAUGGAGAAAUCCUGAAAGUGUCUUCAGAAGGAGAUUUGCCAGACUUUCAACCCACAACCGUCCCCAACAGGGGCACAUUCACACUGGAACCACACUCACUAGUAUUUUGGGUGUUUACCAACACCAAUGUAAACGCCUGUGAUUAACAUUAAAAUAAACAAACAAGUAAUUGAAAAAAA